CUUCCUCCUGGCCCAGUGCCCCUCCCACUGUUGGGGAGUGUCUUAUCUAUCGACGCUUGUCAGCCUUGGCUGACUUACACCAAGUGGAGUGCUAUGUAUGGGGACUUGGUCUUCGUGCGAAGUCUAGACGAGGAAAUGGUCGUGAUCAAUUCUCAGCACAUCACAGAAGCCUUACUGGACAAGCGUUCUCGGAUUUACUCCGAUCGACCAUAUCUAGCAACACUC